AUGGACACUGAUGGCCGUGUCGUUCGCCUCGAGUCCUUCUCCAAGGUUAUCUCGCCCGGUUCCCGAGUUGGCUGGAUCGUCGCCUCCGAGGAGAUCGUGGAGCGCUUCAUCCGUACAUUCGAGGUUUCCUCGCAGAACCCUAGCGGUAUUGCCCAGCUCACACUCUUCAAACUUCUCGAUGAGCACUGGGGCCACUCCGGGUACUUGGAUUGGCUGAUCAACCUGCGCUUGUCGUACACUGCUCGUCGUGACUCGCUCGUUCACGCCUGUGAAAAGCACCUGCCCCGUGAAAUCGCUCACUGGGAAGCUCCCGCGGCUGGCAUGUUCCACUGGAUGGAAAUCGACUGGCGCAAGCACCCCGGCGUUGCCGCUGGCAAGACUCACGCCGAAAUUGAAGAAGAGAUCUUCCUGUCCGCUGUAAACGGAGGUGUCUUGCUCUCCCGCGGCAGCUGGUUCAAACCCGACCACGACACUGCCGAGGAGAAGAUGUUCUUCCGUGCGACCUUCGCAGCUGCUUCGUCGGAGAAGAUUGACGAGGCUAUCUCGCGCUUCGCCGAGUCUCUGCGCGUUCAGUUUGGCCUGUAAUCUGGUGCCUGGCGUACGAUUUUGACGAAUCUCUUUUAUCAUAAAGAGGAUGCAUUAACUGGUUGGCUUUACGAUUUUAGAUGGUAGAUAGAUAUCGCGUUUUGUAAAAGGGUGGUGGUUUUUCAUUGUGUUUCAGAGAAACAUAUUUCAUUCUCAGUUUCAUCUCUUUUUG